AUGGAUAGUUUAUAUAUUUUCUUAUUUUUCUUUUUAAUUAUCAUUAUUUGUUUCUAUAUUAUAUAUAAAAAUAAAAUUAAUAAAAAUAAUAAUAAUAAUAAUAAUAAUAAUAAUGAUAAUAUUAAUUUUAAUAAUAAUAAAAAUAAUAAUAAUAAUAAUAAUAAUAAUUAUAACAAUAUUAAUAAUAAUAAUAAUAAUAAUUUUUAUUAUAAUAAUAAUAAUAUUAAUAAUUAUAACAAUAUUAAUAAUAAAAAUAAUAAUGAUAAUUUUUAUAAUAAUAAUAAUAAUAAUUUUAAUAAUGAUUAUAUGCAUAAUAAUAAUAAUAAUAUAACAUUAAAUAAUUAUAAUUAUAGAAAUUAUGAUAAUAAUAUAAUUUAUAAUAAUGAAAAUAAUAAUUACAAAGAAAAUAAUAGUUUUAAUUACAAUUAUAUUAAUAAUAAUAAUAAUAAAUGUAAAAAUGGUGUAAAAUAUUUACCAUCUCUUUUUUUCAAAGAUACACCAACGGAAACACAAGAAAGAACUACCCCAAGCAUUAAUCCCUUCAAUCUUGCCUCUAAUAAUGAUAAUAAUAAUAGUAAUAACAAUAGUAGCCAAUCAUCAGAUUUAUUAGUAUUAGAGAUUUUAAGAAGGGAUAAAGAGCAAACAGAAAGGGAAAGAUCAAACAGAGCUCUCAGAAAAGAAAUGUUAGAUUUUGCAAGAGAAAUCAGAGAAACUGAACGUUCAGAAAGAUUAAUAAGAGAAAGAGAACGUUUAGAAACUUUAGAAAAAGAAAGAAGAUUAAGAGAGCAACAAGAAUGGGAACGUACCCAAUAUUUAAUAAGAUUGGAAAGAGAACACCAAGAAAGGAGAAUAGAAAGAGAAAGAGUUGCAAGAGAGCAACAGGAAUGGGAACGUACCCAAUAUUUAUUAAGAUUGGAAAGAGAACAUCAAGAAAUGGUACGUCAAGAAACAAUAGAGAGAGAAAGAAAUGAAAGGGAAAGAAUAGAAAGAGAAAGAGUUGCAAGAGAGCAACAAGAAAGGGAACGUGCUCAAAGUUUACUAAGAGAAAGGGUACGUACAGAACAAUUUGAAAGAGAAAGAUUACAAAGAGUUGCAAGAGAGCAACAACAAGUAGAAGAAGCCCGAGAGUAUUUACGUCACCUAAAUGCAUUAAGAGAACGAUUAAAUGUAUUACUCCAACAAAGGGAAAAUAGAAGAAAUCUAGAAAGAGAACAAAGAAAUAGAGAACGUGCCCAAGAUCCAUAUACACAAGAAGAAUAUGAAAGGGUACGUAGAGAACAAUUUGAAACCUUAAGAUUGCAACAAGAAAGAUUACAACAAAUUAGAUUGCAACAAGAAAGCCAACCACAACAAAUGGAACAAGAUGAAAGCGAAAACCUUUGCACAAUUUGCUUUAAUCAGGUAGAGGCCAUUAAUAGUGCAUCAAUUGAUUGUGUUCAUAAAUUUUGCUUUGAAUGCAUUACUAGAUGGAAUUCUCGUAAUAGAUCCUGUCCAACUUGUAGACAACCAAUUACAAGUAUUAGAAGAGAUGAUCAAAAUGAGGAUUUAACAAAUGAUGCAAUGAACAUAGAUUAA